AUGGCGGACGGCGGCGGCAGCGACUGGGAGGUGGUGUCGCUCACGGCCUCCACCUACGCAGCCUCACCAGGGCCAAUCCCAAUCUCGGCCCCCAUCCACGACGCCGCUGACAAAACAGAGUCGCCUCUUCUUCUCCUCCCAAAUCCUCCCGCUCCCCCUGCACAUUUCUUCAUGUCCCAGCACUUCAAUCUCCCACUUUUUACUACUACCCAUCUUGAGAAUAACAAUGGAAGCCAAGACCUAGAAUCCGGCCCUGCCGCUGCCGUGCCGGACGGCGAUGAUGCCGACCAUCUCAACACGCCCCGCCCAGAAAACCGCGACGGUGGGAGGGACGAUGUGCCCGGCAAUGGCCCGCACCUGCAGGUGGAAGGAGGAGGAGGGGGCGAGGAACUGCAGCAAACCACCAUGUUCUGCUCUCUUCCUAAAGACGCUACUGCAGGUGCAGAUGCUGCUGCUGAUGCCACGGAUGCCACUGCUGUCGGUUCUGCUACCCUGCCUGCUCCUGCUCCUGCUCCUGCCGCCACGGUGACGGUGGCUGCUCCUUCCGGCGGAGUGGGCGCUUGCAAUUGCAAUGCUGCUCAGGCUCAGGCGUGGUGGGAGAAGACCUUCUCCUUCCCGCGUCAAGAUGGGAGUGGGAAUGGCACACAGCCCCUCGCCUUCCGCUUCGUCUUCGUCGCCGGCAAACUGCAGCUUCAGGAAGAGGACCACCUCAGCGUCAGCCCUGUCCCUGAAUUCGGCCAAACCCAGAAGAUAAGCUGCACGGUGACUGAGCCGCUUGAUCAGGCCAAGGUCAGCAUGCUUGGUGGAGGAGGCCCUGUUGCUCAGCAGGGGUAA